CACACACUAUGAUAAAUUUACCCAGAAAUGGUUUUGCGAAUUCCCAGUAAAUAUUUUAGGAGAGAAAUGGUUAUCACACAGAUGCCUAUAUAACUUGCAGGUUAUUCCAGAAUAUUAACAAAAAGAUAAACGCACCUAAAUGGCAGCAUUAGUCUCUGCAAGUUGUGAAAAGCAAUACAUCGUAGUGUUACAGUAGAAGAGCUAAGAAUAUUGACCAAGAUUGCAAUAAGAAAUAAAUAUAUAUAUACACAUAUAUAUAUUCCAUCACCAUUGAAUCACUGUAUAUAGCUGUGCUCUUUGACUUGAUCCGAGCCAUUAGAAUGAGUGGCAAGAAUCCCAAUCAGUAUACUACUGUUGAAGUAGGAGACUCUACUUUCACAAUCUUGAAACGCUACCAGAAUCUCAAGCCCAUUGGCUCAGGUGCACAAGGGAUUGUGUGUGCUGCCAAUGAUUCCGUCACAGGACAAAAUGUGGCAAUUAAGAAGUUGAGUAGACCCUUCCAGAAUGUUACCCACGCCAAGAGAGCCUAUAGAGAAUUUGUUCUCAUGAAGCUAGUGAAUCACAAGAAUAUCAUUGGUCUCCUGAAUGCAUUUACACCACAAAAGACCCUAGAAGAAUUCCAAGAUGUUUACCUAGUAAUGGAGCUGAUGGAUGCCAACUUGUGUCAAGUUAUUCAGAUGGACCUAGACCACGAGCGCAUGUCCUACCUUCUCUACCAGAUGCUGUGUGGAAUAAAGCAUCUACACUCUGCAGGAAUUAUACACAGGGACCUAAAGCCAAGUAAUAUAGUAGUCAAAUCAGACUGUACAUUGAAGAUUUUAGACUUUGGUCUAGCCCGUACUGCAGGGACAAGUUUUAUGAUGACCCCCUAUGUGGUUACCAGGUAUUACAGAGCUCCAGAAGUCAUUCUAGGAAUGGGGUAUAAAGACAAUGUUGAUAUCUGGUCAGUGGGUUGUAUUAUGGGUGAGAUGAUACGAGGAGGUGUGUUGUUUCCAGGAAGUGACCACAUAGACCAAUGGAAUAAAAUCAUUGAACAGUUAGGAACACCUUCACAAGAAUUUAUGAAAAGGUUACAGCCAACAGUUAGGAAUUAUGUUGAAAAUAGACCAAAAUACCCAGGAUACUCUGUUGAAAAACUCUUCCCUGAUGUGUUAUUUCCGCCAAAUAGUACUGAACAUUCUGGACUGACAGCUUCAAUGUCUCGGGAUUUGUUAUCCAAAAUGAUAGUGAUAGACCCAGAGAAAAGGAUAUCUGUUGAUCAAGCAUUAAUGCACCCGUAUAUCAAUGUCUGGUAUGAUGAGAAUGAAGUCAAUGGGCCAUCUCCAAUGCCAUAUGACCACACUGUUGAUGAAAGAGAGCAUUCAGUGGAUGAGUGGAAGGAGUUGAUCUAUAAGGAGGUUGUAGCCUUUGAAAACAGGAAUAACCGUGUAGGCUCUAUGCACAAUCAUACGCAAGAUGGCGGUGCCACAAAUUGUUCAGGUGCUUCGGGAGGAUCAUCUACAGCCUCUCCUAGUCAAAACAGGAGGCGAUGAUCCUAGAUUUGAGGGCCUAUACAGAUAAUGAAUGUGCUGUACAGGCUUGCAAACUCAUAAGGAUACAGAUAAAAGGGAUAGUGUGGGUACAGUGCAAGCAGGCAGGCAACCUGCUGUGAGUACAGGCCUGGGGACUGGGGUGGUUUUUAAAAGCAAGAUAGGAAUAGUAUACAUCAAGGAAAUGACAAUUUCUAUCAUGCUGUGAGUGAUUUGUACCCUUCAAGUGACCAGCUCUAUUGAAGUUCUCUGUGAUGAACUUUUCACAGUAUGGAUAUGUUUAAAAAUGAUUCACUAAGUUGUUGUUGACUUGCUAAGAUUCAGGCAUUUAUGAAUAUAUUUAAAAGAUGGCAGCAUCUUACAGUUUCAAGUGCGUUGAGGUUUUCUAAUGCUUUGCUUCAUGACUUGAGUGCAUAGAACUUCAGAGGGAUAUGAUUCUAAAUGAUGAUGAUGAACAAAAAAAUGUAAACUUAAAAAACAUAUAAUUUGCAGAGAUAAAAAAUGAAGUCUGUAAACAAAAAUGGUUUGUGUAAGUGGGAUAUAAUUGUGUUUUUUGUUGUAUUAAAGUCAAGAUUGUGAAACAACAGAAUAAUUUGAAAGUCCAGUUUGGUUAUGAAAUUUACAUUUUGAAAGGGUUUUGUUGUUUGUUGUCUACCCACAAAAAUAUUCAAUUUUGUUGUCUACCCACAAAAAUAUUCCAUAGGUUAAUAGUGCCAAGUUGCUCCACUGACAUUUCAGCUGCAUACAGUGCAAACCUCAGUUCUUAGAAGUCUUCCUGCAUAUUAUUUAUUCAUUUAAAGAAGGAAAAUGCACUGAAAGGUGCAAAAAUUAUUUUAGUUUUGCAUGUCUCUUUUUUGUCUGUUCCAUGUCCUAGCACACAGCAAGUUUGCCCUCCUGAAAUGGAAUGUAAUUUUUGCAUUAAAUUUUCUAAUUUCUGAACUGGUUUGCAGGCAGCAUGUCGAAGAAAACUGUGUUGGUUCUUUAUAAUUUGUGACUAAAAUUUCUCAUUACAAAUUAAAGCAGUUGCAUAUGUUUUGUGUUACUUUUUUGCCUGGAAUUUGAUUACACACCAAAUUUUUAGAAAGUUCAGGAAUACUGGAGCAUUUUCAAAUUUUUAGAAAAAAUGUUAAUGCACUCCAAUCUAGCUCUGAUGUUGUGGUGGACAGGGAUUAAAUGGAAUAUAAAUGUUACAGAUAAAUUUUGUAAAAGAACACACUUCUUUGUCCAUCUUCUUUUUCACUGCCUUACAAUUGAUCACAUGUGAUGUCUGCUUUCUUUGCAGGCCACCACUGAAAUUCAAUAAAUUGAGUCUGCAUUUUCAGGGGACUUGGUAUUUUUGUUUGGUUUUUCACCAUGCUUGUUAAGUCUCAGUAUGUUACAAAAUGACACAAUGUACAUC